AUGAACUGUAUGCAAAAUAAGAUUAGAAGUGCAGUACCAAUAGUAUUACCACUGCUACUGCAAACACUGGCAAGACUGGUUAUAUUAGCAACACUGGCGUCAAUAAUAACAUCGAGUGCAAAGGUGAUGGCUAACACAAAAAAGGGGCUGGCCAAAAGAAGAGGAUGCAAAGUCGAAGACACGGAUGUCUUUAACUCGUACAGACUGAGCCAACUAAUCGACGACAUAAUGGACAUACUGAUAGUGGAAAACAAAAAGAACAUAGACAACACGCGCCUAGAAAUAGGAAAUGCGAAGGACAACGAAGCACAAGUGAAGACGAGUGCCAGGAGCAACGGAAACUCGGAGCCAAAAGGAAGAAAAAAGAUGAAGAGUGGCAGUAGAAGAGGAUACAGUAAUACAAAUGGAAAGGGGUAUAAAAAUAUUAGUAAAAGUAGCAUUAGAAGGAGUAGCAAAGAUGAAAAAGGAAUUAGUGAUGAAAAGGAGACUAACGGUGUCGAAGAAAGCAUAGUUAGCAUCUACAUUGUGAAUGAAUACAACGAUGCAGGCUAUGGCAAUAAUAGUAACGCCAAUUCUGGUAAUGAAAGUGCUAGUUAUCCCAAGGAUGAAAAUGGGAAUGAUAGUGAUGAUGACACAGGCAUUAACAAUAAAAAUGACACUGGCGAUGACGAUGGAAAUACAGAAAUUAUUAGCAGCGGAAGUGAAUAUGACAGUGAAAGCAGAAGUGGCACAGAUACAGAUGAUAUAGGAGCAGUGACGACGAUGGCGAUGGCAAUGGCGAUCACAGACACGCCGACAACAAUAAGCACCGCUGUUACGAGUAGUACGAAUACGAGCAUUAGCACAGCCAAUACCAGUAUUAGCACAGUCAAUAGCAAUAUUAGCACUACGAAUACCAGUAUCAGCACGACGAGUAGCAGUAUUGGCACGACGAAUACGACAGUAAGAACGAUUCAAAGUAUCUGUGAUUCGGAUUAUAGCAGCUAUAGUAACAACGCUGCUGCAAGUGACAAGGGUAAAAGUGGAGUAAAAAGUGACACAACAGCAAUAGUAGAAAGUAAAGGCCAUGUCGCAAUAAAAAAAUUCAGAAGAAAAGGUGGAAUGAAAGAAGAUUAUGAUGAGGAAGAAGAGGAAGACGAAGAUGUUGUCACAAGCAUAAGUGUUGUGGAUAAGAGGAGAAACGGUAAAAAGGAACUUAAACAGUUGAUAAGUGACAUGAUACAUAUAGUGAGAGGAGAUGAAAACUUUAGAGUCAAGGAAAUCGAAGAUAACCUUAAGUUUAUAAACUACUUUAAUCAGAAAAUACCGGACGAAAUUAAGCUGAAUAACCAGAAACUGGAACAGUGUAGACAUAAGUUAGCAGUGAACGAAAGGAACAUAAUACAUGGAAGACCAAGUAUGACGAACCAACAACUGAACAAGGUGAAGGAGAAGAUGGAAAUGCUCAGAGAAGAAAACGAAGCACUAAAAAGAGGAUCGGAAAGACUAAAAAGAAUAGAAAAGGACCUGAGGGAAAGAAUGAGGAGAAUCAAGGCGUACUUAAGAGUGUUUGAAGGGUCCCAAGGGUUCAUUCUAGGUAAACAGUAG